GGAGCAGAUGACAGACCCUCUUACCCUGGUGCCACAGCAGUUGCCUUUUUAGGAGACACCUGAUCGCAGCUCAGCACCGCCACACAAAGAGCUGCUGAUAACGCCUGGAGCGAGUUCAGAUGAUAAAGCCAUGCAGGAGUAAACAGAGGGCUGGGCUUCCAGAGCCGCACACAUACAGCUGUUGUGUCUGCGCUGAAUAAAGUCACCUCCAGCCAUUCAGGAGCCCAAUUUGAUGCUGUAGGAUCUCUGGCACCUUCAUGGAAAAGUUCCAGGCUGCAAUGGUUCUCGGAGGAGUGGGAGAUGCCCUGGGAUACCGCAAGGGCCGGUGGGAAAUGUGUAUCUCAGGGAAACAGAUUCAGCAGGAACUGGCCACUCUCGGGGGUCUUGGAGCCUUGAAGCUAGACGCUGAUAACUGGCCACUCAGUGACGGAGUCCUGAUGCACAUGACCACUGCAGAGGCCCUAAUCACUGAUUACUGGUGUCUGGAGGAUCUGUACCGGGAGCUGGUGCGGCUCUAUGUGGAGGCCAUGGUGUGUCUGCAGGGUCGAGUUCCAGAGCCCAGUACUGUGGAGGGAUGCGUAAACCUCAAGCCACACAACUUCCUGUUAGCCUGGCACACGCCAUUCAAUGAGAAAGGUUCUGGCCACGGAGCUGCGACUAAAGCCAUGUGUGUGGGUAUGCGCUACUGGCAGCCCGAGCGGCUGGACAAUCUGGUUGAAGUGAGCAUAGAGACGGGUCGAAUGACCCACAAUCACCCCAUAGGGUUCCUGGGCUCUCUGUGUACGGCUCUCUUCGCCUCAUAUGCCAUCCAGGGUAGGCCGCUGGUCAGCUGGGGUCGUGACCUCAUGACGGUCAUUCCCAAAGCAGAGGAAUACUGCAGGAAAACCAUCCGGCAUAUGGCAGAAUAUCAGGAGAAGUGGUUUUACUUUGAGGCCAAAUGGCAGUUUUAUCUGGAGGAGAGAGGAAUAGAAGACGGUCAAAGUAAACCGAUACUCCCUGACCGAUACGACGCUGAAGAGACAGACAAGUUGUACAAGCACUGGAGUUCAGAGGGCUGUCCCGGACGCAGGGGUCACGAUGCACCUAUGAUUGCGUACGACGCUCUGCUGGCAGCCGGAUCCAGCUGGGAGGAGCUGUGCAAACGGGCCAUGUUUCACGGAGGCGAGAGCAGUGCGACAGGUCUGAUCGCCGGCUGUCUUUAUGGGCUGCUCUAUGAGAUCGACCAGGUUCCUGCUGGACUCUAUCAGGAUUUGGACAAAAGACAAAAACUGGAAGAUCUGGGAGGACGAUUAUACCGAGCAGCGGCAGUAGAGAAAGCUCAGAGAGAUAAGCAGCAGCUCUCCAUCAUCCCAACCCUGGAUCGGCGAGCCUUGAAACAGCUGAUCCUGGAUCGCGCAACACAUCCGGAGGUCAGGGCCAUUCUAGAGAAUCUGCUGCUUUACCAAAACCAAGACCUACCAAACUCUCCGUCAGCAGCCUUAGGAAGAGCCGGUCCACGUCUCACUGCCUUCCAGCUGCUCAGAUCUAAGUUUCUGAGGAGCAUGCCAAAGCCAGCGCUCACCCACAGAAGAGAGGUGGGCUCUCUGAACACGAAAGAACGACAUAUUAAAGACACAAACAGGCUGAGAGCUGAUUCAAGACCCGGGAUGAAGAGAAAAACCUCCAGGGUUCAGAACAUGCUGGAGAGAUUUACAGCAGCAGAGAACAACAACAUAAAGAAACCACAAACAAACAGACGAACAGGCAGAACCAUGUUCAGCAGUUUAAUCAAGAGAUUUGAGACACUAGUGACGGAGCAGAGCAGAAACGAUUCUACACACAAGAACAAGAGACACAAGAAUGAAUCAACUGAUUCACAAGAGACACUAAAGCAACACGAGAACAAAUCAACCAAUUCACAAGAAAUAUUAAAGCAACACAAGAACGAAUCGACCAAUUUCAAAGAAGCACUAAAGCAAUAUGAGUACAUAUCAACCGAUUCAAAAGAAGCACUAAAGCAAUACGAGAACAAAUCAAUUGAUUCACUAGUACUUAAGCAAGACAAGAAUGAAUCAACCGAUUCACAAGAAACACUAAAGCAACACAAGAAUGAAUCAACUUAUUCACAAGAAGCACUAAAGCAACACAAGAACAAAUCAAACAACGAACAAGAAUCACUACAGAAACACAAGAAUGAAUCAACCAAUUCACAAGAAGCACUAAAGCAACACAAGAAUGAAUCAACUGAUUCACAAGAAAGACUAAAGCAACAGAACAAAUCAAAUUAUGUACAAGAACCACUAGAGCAACACGAGAAUAAAUCAACUGAUUCACAAGAAGAACAAAAGGAACACAAGAACAAAUCAAUUGAUCCACAAGAAGCACUAAAGAAACACAUGAACGAAUCAACUGAUUCACAAGAAGCACUAAAGCAACACAUGAACGAAUCAAUUGAUCCACAAGAAGCACUAAAGCAACACAUGAACGAAUCAACUGAUUCACAAGAAGCACUAAAGCAACACAUGAACGAAUCAAUUGAUCCACAAGAAGCACUAAAGCAACACAUGAACGAAUCAACUGAUUCACAAGAAGCACUAAAGCAACACAUGAACGAAUCAAUUGAUCCACAAGAAGCACUAAAGCAACACAUGAACGAAUCAACUGAUUCACAAGAAGCACAAAAGCAACACAAGAACAAAUCAAACGAUGCACAAGAAUCAUUACAGAAACAUAAGAAUGAAUCAACCGAUUCAAAAGAAGCACUAAAGCUGCGCAAGAACAAAUCAAAUAAUUCACAAGAAUCACUAAAGCAACACAAGAAGCAACAUGAGAACAAAUCAAUUGAUUCACAAGUACUGAAGCAACACAAGAAUGAAUCAACUGAUUCACAAGCAGCACAAAAGCAACACAAGAACAAAUCAACCAAUUCACAAGAAGGACUAAAGCAACAGAAGAAUGAAUCAAUUGAUUCACAGGAAUCACGAAAGCAACAUGAGAACAAAUCAACUGAUUCACAAGAGAUAUUAAAGCAACACAAGUACAAAAUAUCCGAUUCACAAAAAGUACUAAAUCAACACAAGAACAAAUCAACGGACUCACAAGAAAUACUAAAGCAACACAAGAACGAAUCAACUAAUUCACAAGAAGUACUAAAUCAACAUGAGAACAAAUCAACCGAUUCACAAGAACAUGGCCGUCAAACUACAGGAGCGCAUGACAAAGGCUCAGCAGGACAGAAAGAGCUCAGACUCCAGGACCUGAGUGAGACCUUCAGUCUAGAAAAGAAGGAUGCAUGUGUUGCUGAUGCGACUCUGAGAGAGUGUCAAGCUGAGGAAAGAUCAGGACAUCGGCGUCUCAAUGGAGUCAAGAUGCAUCUGGUCGGUUCAUCUCCUGUGGUUUGUUUGGACAUGAACUCAACAAAACCUCUCAUACAGACAUUAGAGAUGAACACACAGAUCCUACAGAAACAUGGAGUACUGAAGAACUCAGAAGAUCUGCCACAAGAACAGCGUUUCUCCUCAGACGGUACAAGUGACCUCAGCAUUAGUGCUUCUGAUGGUCAGAUUUCACCUGAGCUGAAGGUUGUGGAAAUGAAGGACCAUCAAACAAAGGAUGAGAACGCAUGUCAUCUGUCAACAGAAGAAACACCAAAGUACAGGAGCAUGAAUUACUGUGACCCUUCAGUGAGACUCACCUAUGUCCCCAAAACCAUCAGAUUCACCGACACCUUCAAGUUCUGAAAACUUGUGAUUAUUUUUUUAUUAUUGUGCAUGUUAGAAUCAAUGUUCUUUGUUGCAUGCGUCACAUCCAUCACAUGCAGGUUUAAUCACGGUUAUGUCAGGUCUAAUUUAUCCACAUCAAACAAUAUAUUUCAUACACAAAACAGUGGCUGAGGCUCAUGUAGAACAACUUGUUUUUAUUUUCAGAUGCUGUUUCUCUGUGGUGUGCGGAAGCU